AUGCCGCCUACAUCCAGUUCCACCGCAAAGAAGGCGCCAUCAUUGAAGCAAUUGGUUAUUAAAUUGAAAGAAAUCCAAGCAACGUUCAACGAUAUUUGGAUAUUUGUUGAGACGUUCAAAGAAGAGACAUCCGCCAGCCAAGUGAACGUGCGCCUACAGAAGCUUGAUGAUCUUUGGGAGAGAUUUGGAGAGACAUUGGUUGAUGUCAAAUCACACGAUGAUUUUGUAGAAGAAGGAGAUUCUUAUCAGAAAGAACGACAGGAGUUUAGUGAGCGUUAUUACUUUGCUAAAUCCUUCCUGAUGGAUAAGGCUAAAGAUAGACAGGAGCCAGGUUUUCUAGAUCAGUCCGUUCGUGGCCACGAUGCAUCUAUGUUGGGAACGCUAGAUCACGUGCGCCUUCCGCAAAUUAAAUUGCAAACGUUCAAUGGGAACAUCGAGGAAUGGUACAGCUUUAGAGAUCUUUUCACUUCUCUUAUACAUCUCAAAUCGGAUCUUCCGGAGGUGGAAAAAUUCCAUUACUUGAAGGGUUGUCUUCAAGGAGAAGCGAAAGCGCUGAUAGAUGCCUUGCAAAUCACGAAGGCUAACUAUCAAAUCGCUUGGGAUAUGUUAUUAAAGAGGUACAACAACAGCAAGCAAUUGAAGAAGCUUCAAGUAAAAUCACUCUUCAAGUUGCCCACACUCACCAAGGAAUCUACUUCCGAUUUGCAAGGUUUGCUAGAAGGUUUCCAGAGAAUCGUACAAACAUUGGACCAGGUUGUACAGCCCGGCGAUUAUAGAGACCUGUUGCUAGUGAACAUUCUCACUUCUCGUGGAGGCGAUCUGGCGUAG